CGGAGCGGGGAGCUCACGAAAAAGGAAGGGAGGCUCCAAUUUCUAUAAAUGCGGACAUACCUUUUCAGUUCUUGCAAUCAAAUACGGAACUUGCUGCUUACUACGUAUUCUCUUCUGAAUCGUAGGAGAAAUCUAGGGUUUUGGGAGCAACCAGUGUCGUCGCUGCUGCACUUCUCGGUGCGACAAGGGGGCUCUUCUUGUUUCCAUCUGAGAUUUGAGAGAGGAAGGUAGAGGAAGGGAGAGGAUGUCCAGGAGCACCGUGGAGAGGCACGCGUCAAUUGACGCGCAGCUUAGGCUGCUGGCUCCGCGAAAGGUGUCGGAGGACGACAAGCUGGUGGAAUACGACGCCUUGCUGCUGGAUCGCUUUCUAGACAUCCUUCAGGAGAUUCAUGGAGAGGAUAUUAGAGAGACGGUUCAAGAGUGUUAUGAGCUUUCUGCUGAGUAUGAGGGCAACCAUGACUCGAAGAAGCUGGAGGAGCUUGGGCAUGUGCUGACCAGUUUGGAUCCUGGCGAUUCCAUAGUUGUUGCCAAGUCCUUUUCGAACAUGCUUAAUCUUGCCAACUUGGCUGAGGAAGUUCAGAUUGCCUUUCGCAGGAGAAUUAAGUUGAAAAAAGGAGAUUUUGUUGAUGAGAAUUCUGCAGCUACGGAAUCAGAUAUUGAAGAGACUCUUAGGAGGCUUGUACAUGAGCUGAAAAAGUCCCCUGAGGAAGUUUUUGACGCUUUGAAGAACCAAACUAUUGAUCUUGUUUUUACUGCACAUCCAACUCAGUCGGUCAGGAGGUCCUUGCUUCAGAAGCAUGGCAGGAUAAGGAAUUGCUUGGCUCAAUUGUAUGCCAAAGAUAUCACUCCUGAUGACAAGCAGGAACUUGAUGAAGCCCUUCAGAGAGAGAUACAAGCCGCUUUCAGGACUGAUGAAAUUCGUAGAACUGCCCCCACUCCUCAAGAUGAAAUGAGGGCUGGAAUGAGUUACUUCCAUGAAACUAUAUGGAAGGGUGUCCCGAAGUUUCUUCGGCGUGUUGAUACUGCUCUGAAAAAUAUUGGAAUCAAUGAGCGAGUUCCUUAUAAUGCUCCUCUUAUUCAAUUCUCUUCAUGGAUGGGUGGCGAUCGUGAUGGGAAUCCUAGAGUUACUCCAGAAGUCACGAGGGAUGUGUGCUUAUUGGCAAGAAUGAUGGCUGCAAACUUGUACUUCUCCCAGAUAGAAGAUUUAAUGUUUGAGUUAUCUAUGUGGCGGUGUAGUGAUGAGCUUCGAGUUCGAGCAGAUGAAUUACACCGGGCAUCAAAGAAAGAUGCAAAACAUUAUAUAGAGUUCUGGAAACAAGUUCCUCCAAAUGAACCAUAUCGCGUUGUACUUGCUGAUGUUAGGGAUAAGUUAUACAAUACACGUGAGCGUUCUCGUCAUCUUUUGUCAAGUGGAUACUCUGACAUUCCUGAGGAAACCACGCUUACCAAUGUUGAGCAGUUCCUUGAGCCCCUUGAGCUCUGCUACAGUUCUCUCUGCACCUGUGGUGAUAGACCUAUCGCUGAUGGAAGCCUUCUUGACUUCAUGCGUCAAGUAUCAACCUUUGGCCUCUCCCUAGUGAGACUUGAUAUCAGGCAAGAAUCUGAUCGACAUACUGAUGUUCUUGAUGCUAUUACCACACAUCUUGGGAUAGGUUCAUAUCGUGAUUGGUCUGAGGAGCAACGUCAAGAGUGGCUUCUAUCUGAACUGAGUGGCAAGCGCCCUUUAUUUGGUCCAGACCUUCCCAAAACUGAGGAAAUUGCUGACGUUCUUGACACAUUACGUGUCAUAGCAGAGCUUCCUCAUGAUAGUUUUGGAGCUUACAUAAUUUCCAUGGCAACUGCUGCAUCUGAUGUGCUUGCAGUGGAGCUUUUGCAGCGUGAGUGCCAGGUGAAGAAACCAUUGAGAGUCGUGCCACUUUUUGAGAAACUUGCGGAUCUAGAGGCAGCACCUGCAGCUUUAUCCCGUCUCUUCUCAAUCAACUGGUACAGGAACAGAAUUGAUGGAAAGCAGGAGGUCAUGAUUGGUUAUUCAGACUCUGGGAAGGAUGCGGGACGUCUUUCUGCAGCUUGGCAGCUGUAUAAAGCUCAAGAAGAUCUGAUAAAGGUUGCAAAAGAGUUUGGGGUGAAACUGACAAUGUUCCACGGACGAGGGGGAACUGUUGGAAGAGGAGGUGGCCCUACCCAUCUGGCUAUUUUAUCUCAGCCUCCAGAUACAAUUCACGGUUCGCUUCGAGUGACUGUUCAAGGUGAAGUAAUUGAACAAUCUUUUGGAGAGGAGCAUUUGUGUUUCAGAACUCUUCAGCGUUUUACUGCAGCCACACUUGAGCAUGGUAUGCAUCCACCAAUUUCACCAAAGCCAGAAUGGAGAGCAUUGCUGGAUGAGAUGGCUGUUGUUGCCACAAAAGAAUAUCGCUCUAUUGUCUUCCAAGAACCACGUUUUGUCGAAUACUUUCGUCUGGCCACACCUGAGACGGAAUAUGGUAGAAUGAACAUUGGAAGCCGACCAUCUAAACGAAAACCCAGUGGAGGCAUAGAAUCUCUACGAGCAAUUCCAUGGAUUUUUGCUUGGACUCAAACAAGGUUCCACCUUCCUGUUUGGCUUGGUUUCGGGACAGCAUUCAAGCAUGCCAUUGCAAAGGACAUAAAAAACCUUAACAUGCUACAAGAGAUGUAUAAUGAAUGGCCUUUCUUUAGGGUCACCAUCGACUUAGUUGAGAUGGUGUUUGCUAAAGGAGAUCCUGGCAUUGCUGCAUUAUAUGACAAACUGUUGGUUUCCGAUGAUUUGUGGUCAUUUGGGGAGAGGCUCAGAGCUAACUUUGAAGAAACCAAAACUCUUCUUCUUCAGGUUGCUGGACAUAGAGAUCUUCUUGAAGGAGACCCCUACUUGAAACAGAGACUGCGCCUCCGCGACGCGUACAUCACUACUCUGAAUGUGUGCCAAGCCUUCACCCUCAAAAGGAUCAGAGAUCCAAGCUUUCAUGUAAAUCUGAGGCCUCAUUUAUCAAGGGAAAUAAUGAAUUCCAACAAGCCAGCUGCAGAGCUGGUGAAACUCAACCCCACAAGUGAGUAUGCUCCUGGGCUGGAGGAUACCCUCAUCCUGACCAUGAAAGGUAUUGCUGCUGGGCUGCAGAACACUGGUUAAUUAAUACCUCACUUUUUGUGCCUUCCACUGGCAUUUUGUUGUUGUAUCUUUUAAGUAAAACAGUGUUUGCUUUCGUCUAUAUCAAACUAUGAAAGGUUUCUUAAUCCUUUUUUUGCACUCAGU